AUGAAUCCUCGGAGAGCAUAAUCAAGUGGAAAUAGAGCUUCGUCUGCUGUUAAGCGAGUUGCUAUGCCGAAUGGGUACACAUUGUACAAUUAGAGCGGGCAGAAAUUUCAUUUACCCAAUAUGAAGAAUGCAUCGCAACGUUCUAUCGAAGAGACUGAUAAUAGGGCUAAAACAUCAACAUUAUAGCCCUUGCAUAGCGAAGUAUAGACAAUAGUGCAUCAAAGACCAUAGAGUACGAUAGAAACUCCUGCAGUAAUGAUGAAUAAGUACAUCAAUUACAGAAUAGCAUAGCCAUAUUCAUGCACAGUGGAUGUGAAUGCGCGUCUAUGGGAAGCAAGUAAAAACACAACCAUAGGAUUGAAAAGAGUGUCAUCUGCUGUCAAGAAAGAGGAAACUGAAUAUCAAAUGGAUUGCGAAACGAUAAGCGGCACUCUGAAGCCCUAUGAAUUUCUAUCCUCUCUCGGAGGUAAGAUGAUUUCAAACUAACCCUCCAAAUAAUAAUCAAUUGAUGUGUCCAGAUAAAACAAUGCACAGCAACCUCGUCCCUAAACUGUGACAUCAAUUGGAAAGAUGGACUUCACUAUUAUUUAAGAACAAUAGCAGAGACUACAAUCUGCUCAACAAACAUUAUCCAGACCACCUAUUUCUAAACGACCUAUGACAUCUAUUCAGAGACCUCAAUCUUAGGCUUUUGAUGUAGCCGAAAGCAAACGAGUCAAGUAAGAUCGCAUCCAAAGUGCUACUCUUGAUGUAUUUCAAAAACCUGCUACAAAACAUAAAAAAUAAAUUACAGACAUGAUUGAUUAAUAAGUUUUAAGACCUCAAAGUAAUUGGAGUCAUCAAAGGCCUAUCUCCUCAAAAACCACUGCUCCACAGUCCUUCUUCAAGAUAUAUACUAAAUUCACUAAUGUCAGUGCUCUUGAUCUACCAUAUGAAGAACUCUUCGAUAGAAAUGAAAGAACUGUGGCAGCUACGUUUGCAAGAUUCGGAGAUCUAGGCUAUUAUUCACCAAUCUAAAGGAUUGGAGUUUAUAUGCAAUUUUCAGCAAAGUUGAAAAAGGAACAUUUGCUCAAGAUCAUCGAUUUGUAAAAAACAAUGAGUUCAGCUGAAAAGACAGAUGGAGAAGUACCAAUCUAAUUGGCUAUUGUGAAUGAAUUGUUUCCAAAAUAAGGAAGAGACAAAACAGGUAUCAAUUCAGGAGCUAAUGAUGCUUUGACCAGAGAACCAGUGUCACUUUGUUUAUAUCCUGAAUAUUUUGAUGACAAUGAUGAAAAUAUAGAUCAAAUGGAAUUGUCUCUUAGGAAAUUCAAUGAGAUGCUGGCUGAAAUGAAUGGCAAUUAUGAUCCAUCUCUUUUAUGUAAAGACUAUUAUAUCCACAUCGAUAGAGAGUUCUGGCCAGAAAACAUUCUCAAAGAAGUACUCAUCUCAGAAGAAAGAUAUCGUAAUUACAUAUCUGGUGACCAUAUCAGAAAUGAUGAAGUUCCAAAAUUCAAAAGAGAAUGGAUUUUAAAUGCAUUCAAUUUGAUUAAACCAGAAUUAUUACGAAAUGAAGAUUGCUCAAGAUUUAUUGUUAAGGAGAUCUUGGAAUUAUUUAGAGAAUACAUGAAGAGAGCAAUGCUGGAUUAUAUACUUAGGUCACCAGAAGAAAGAAAGAGACUCCACAUCACAUUACUCCCAAGAACUUUCAUAAAUUCAGCCUAGAGAAUAGCCAGAGAGGGAGGUUACAACAUGAAAUUAUUCCCAGAUUGGCAUGAUUUUGUGUAGCGAGGUAAAGAUUUCUGCAAAAACAACCUUACUUUGAUCUCAACAAUAAAUUAAGGAUUGUCCGAUUGGAUCUAAGAUUUUAACAGUUUUAAAUUAUGUGAUUUAAGCAAAAUGAAAUAAGUGGCUAGAUUGGGUUAUACCUUUACAUUCCAGGAAUUCCAAAGAGUUCAAACCAUCUACAAAUUGAAUGUUCUGUGUCUCUUAGAACACGUAUGGUUUAGAGGAGUUAUGCUGAUAAUUAAGCUCUAGAAGUUCUUAAGGUAGAAGUAAUACAAAAGUUCAUGGACUAUUACUGGGCCUAAGUUUAAAUAAUAAUCAUUAAGAUAAACAGUCCUUGAAAUCAUCCCAGAGGAGGAUUUUAUAGAUGAGGAUAACGUGAUUUAUAAGGGCGAAGAACAAUCUUGCUACAUAUCUAUUAAGGAGGCCUUGCAAUUCUAUGCUUCUAAAACUACUCAACCGUACAACUUUGAUCGUUUCAAAGAUUCCUGUCAAGCACUCAAUGCCUUUACAGAAUACCAUGUAAUGUUACAAAACCCAAAUCCCAUAGAGUCAGAUAAGUUGUCUUAAUUCUAAUUGGAGGAUGUUAGGUAAUAGCAAGAUGAAAUACUGUAUAAGAAAUUAGAAAAGGAGUAGAGGAAAGCAGUCACAUCCAAUGCUACUGUUUUAUUGCAAUUGCAGCUGAGAGGUUACAUAGAUAGGUCUUUACAGCAUUUUGAAUAGCACAUUCUCAAUAUCGAAAUUCCUAAAUCAUAUAAUAUCGAGCUAAGUGAUACUAAUUUUAGUAGUUUGAUCCAGGCUUUUCAAAGUAUGAAGGACAGAGAAUUCAUACCUCCAAAGUGGAAUUUGCUCUCACAACCUUAUGAUCCUUUCAUCCGAUUGGAAUUGGUGAUAGAAAAUGAAUUCGUUAAAUUGAAGGAGAAUGAAGAAUCAGUUAAGAAUGAAUUUGUGGAUGCCUUCAGAAGUAUCAUAAUCUCAUUUGAUAAAUUCCUUACAUCCAAAAUUUGCCAAAAGACUAUCUAACCAGUUCCAUUGAGAAAUUUCUAAUUUAAUUUUGACCAAGACAUGGGAGGUAUGACUAAAGAGGACUUCUAGAAGUUCUUCAAGUCCUUUUGGCCACAAGUGAAAGUGGAGGAAAAGUAAUAGAAAGAACAUCCAGAACUAUUGUUGGCAUCUGAGGAGUAGAGAGAAGUGUAUUAAGAGAAAAAGUACAUGACAAUUGCAUCAAUAGAAGAAGGGUGUUAUUUGGCUCAAGAAGCUAGGAUUUUAAAACAUGUUAGUGAACAUUACAGGAAGACUCUGCAGGUCCUUGACUAUUUCUAACAAUUCACUUAAUUCUUCAACAAGGUCUACGAGAAGGAAAUCAAAUCAUUGAAGAAAGCUAUCUCAAAUGAAGAAUUCAAAAUGUAUAUGGAGAUUCUCAAUAAAUAUAGAAGUUUAUUGGAUAAAAUUCCAUCAACGAUUCAAUUCCCUCUAUUUCAAGUAAAUUGUGAGUCUGUAUGUUCAAGUGUCAAAUAAAUGAUCAAAGAAUACAAGGAUAAACUGUUCAUCAAUUUUGAAUCUGUUUUGAUAGAUCAAUCUAAAGUGAUAUCUGAUAGAUACUUACAGAUUAGUACAUACAUCAGAAGAUCACUUAAAACACCUGAAGAUGUGGAAGCCAUGGACAAGUACAUUACAGAUGUUGGGUAGGAGAGAGUGAGGAUAAAAACUAAUACGACAGAUAUCUUUAUUAAAGUUAUGUUUCUAUUGAAGCAAGAUUAUGUUAUUAGUGAAUAGUUGCUAUUGUUAUCAGAAGAAUUGUAUCAUAGACCAGCUCAACUCGACAGGGAGUUGAUUGAAUAGGAGGAGAAACAUCAAAUUGAGAGAGGCAGAUUGGAGGAAGAACUCAAGAAGCAGAGAUCCCAAUUUGAGGAGAGAGUGGCUAAGUAUUGUGUUGAAAUUAAAAAUCUUGACUCCUUCACUGAAAGAUCGUAAUACAAAGGAUAUGUUAAGGACAUAGAAGAAUUCGAACAGAGAUUAGCUGAUGCUGCUACAGAAAUGCAAGAGAUUAUAUAAAAGGAAUUGACAUUAUUUGGAUAUCCAUCUCAAUUUGAAAAUUUUGUGAAAUUGCAGACUUAAAUAUUGCCAUAUUCAGAAAUGUGGAAAUCAAUAGGGUUGUAUAUGGAUCAAAAGAAGAAAUGGAUGAAUGGCCCUAUUAUGGAUGUUAAUUACGGUGAUGUAGAGACGAUUUUGAAGAAUCAAAAAAAAGGAAUAGUUAAACUCAGCAAAUUGUUCAAAUAAAAUACCAUUCCAUUCAGAGUCUUGGGGGAGUUCACAGAGGAUGUUGAAAUCAUGAGUUAAAACAGUAAGACUUUAGAAGUACUCUCCAAUCCAGGUCUACGUGAAAGACAUUGGAAAUCAGUUUAAACUAUUAUAGCAUAGACUUUCAACUAUAAGGAAGUGUCUUUGAGGGAGUUGAAUAAUUGGAAGGUCGUAGAGUUUAUUAGGGAUGUGGAAGAAAUUUCAGAAAAUGCAAGCAAGGAAUUCACCCUAGAAAAUGCAUUGGUCAAAAUGAAAAGGGAAUGGGAUAGCAUUAAAUUGGUUGUUUUGAAUUACAAGGGAAGAGGAGUUCUUAUCCUGUAGGGAUAAUGUGUAGAGGAAAUACAAACCUUAUUGGAUGACCAUGUUAUCAAAUCCUAAACAAUCAGAGCUAACCCCUUGAUUAAAUUUAUGGAGGAAGAUGCCAUAAGAUGGGAGAAAUUAAUGAUGUUUAUAUAGCAAAUCUUAGAUUUAUGGAUUAAGGUGUAAGGUAUGUACUUAUAUUUGGAACCGAUUUUCAGUUUUGAGGAUAUAAUAAAGACAUUGUAUGAUGAGAGUGAAAAAUUCAAGAAGGUGAGUAGUAAUUGGAAUAUAAUUACAAAGGCUGUUGAAAUGGAACCGUUAGCAUUGAACUUAGAGAAGAUUCCAAAUUUAAUGGAUAUCCUAUAAACAUCAUUAAGAUUAAUAGAGGAAAUACAGAAAGGAUUAGAGAAUCAUUUGGAAAUUAAGCGAUUGGAAUUCCCACGCUUCUUUUUCUUAUCAAAUGAUGAUUUGAUUAACAUUUUGGCAGAAACAAGAGACCCUCUGUUAGUGUAACCUCAUAUGAGAAAGUGUUUUGAGGGGAUUGAGGAAUUAAUAUUCAAUUCAAAUACAGAUAUUUUAGGAAUGAAAAGUGUCGAAAAAGAAGAAGUCAACUUUGAUAAUAAGGUAUCCCCGAAAGAGUUCAAGAAUUGUGUAGAGAAAUGGCUGCUGAAGGUAGAAGAAGAGAUGAGGAACAGCAUAUCUCAUUUAAUUAGAUAAUGUUUUGGAGAAUUACAAGAAUUGCCAGUGUUAAUCAAAUGGAUUCGUAGAUGGCCUGGCCAAUGUGUAUUGACUUGUGCUUGCAUUAAUUUUACCAAUUAAAUCGAAAGUACUAUAAGAACUGGAAAGACUCUUAAUAAAUUUGGGAGUGAUAGAGUUAAUCAUUUGAAUGAGAUUGUAUCUUAGGUAAGGGAAUCUUAAUAAUAAAAUGAAAGAUUAUUGUUGUCCGCUCUUAUAGUGUUGGAAGUGCAUAAUAAUGAUAUUUUAUAAGAUCUGAUAAAAUUGGAAAUGAAAGACACAAAUAUAUUCGAAUGGACUUCAUAAUUGAGAUAUUACAUGUAGGAAGACACAAGUGUUUCAGUCAAGAUGGUCUAAACUUCUAUUCCAUAUGGAAAUGAGUAUUUGGGUAUAGGUAGCAGAUUGGUUAUUACUCCAUUAACGGAUCGAUGUUAUAGAACUCUAGUUGGGGCAUUACAUUUGAAUUUGGGAGGAGCACCAGAAGGACCAGCUGGUACUGGUAAGACAGAAUCCACAAAGGAUUUAGCCAAAGCAGUAGCAGGAUUGAAUACUCAUGCUAUGGCCAAGUUCUUUAAAGGACUAGCAAGUGCUGGUGCUUGGUCAUGUUUUGAUGAAUUUAAUAGAAAUAGAAUUGGAGGUCUUUAAGCUAAGUCAAUGUCGAUUGAAUCAUUUUAAUUUGAAGGCACAGAAAUACAUAUUCAAUAAUCAUGCAACAUCUUUAUUACAAUGAAUCCUGGAUAUGCAGGUAGAUCAGAAUUACCAGAUAAUUUGAAAGCACUCUUUAGACCAUGUGCUAUGAUGGUACCAGACUAUGCUCUCAUUGCAGAAAUAUCUCUAUAUUCAUUUGGAUUUGUUGAGGCAAGAGCAUUGGCUAAAAAGAUCGUUGCUGUAUAUAAAUUAUGUUCAGAAUAACUGUCAAGUCAAGAUCACUAUGAUUAUGGUAUGAGAGCAGUCAAAGCAGUUUUGACAGCUGCAUAAUUACUCAAACGUAAAUCUACUGAAAGAGAAGACAUUCUUAUUUACAGAGCCAUUGGUGAUAUCAAUUUACCAAAGUUCUUAACUAAUGAUGUGAUGUUAUUCAAUGGCAUUAUGAGUGAUCUCUUUCCAGAUGUCAAAGUGCAACCAGUUGAAUAUAAGAAUCUGUAAGAAGCUAUGAAUUCAGUCUUGUAAUCUUAGAACAUGCAGAUUGUACCUAACUUCAAAAGAAAAGUGUUACAAUUAUAUGAGAUGAUCAAUUGUAGACAUGGACUAAUGUUGGUUGGACAGACUAUGAGUGGCAAAACUUCUUGUUAUUAAGUAUUAGCAUCUACUCUAACCUACUGCCAUAAAAAUGGGUUGUAAGAUGAAAGAUGUGUUUAAUAUCAUGUGCUAAAUCCAAAGUCAAUUACAUUAAACUAAUUAUAUGGAUACUCUGAUCCUGUCAGUAAGGAAUGGACAGAAGGAGUAUUGGGUGAAAUAUAUCGUAAAUGUGCUACAUCCACUUCUUAGGAUCGACAAUUUUUGGUCUUCGAUGGCCCUGUAGAUGCAGCAUGGAUUGAAAAUAUGAAUACAGUCUUAGAUGAUAAUAAGAAACUGUGUCUAAUGAGUGGAGAGACCAUUGCUAUGACUGAUAGAAUGACAAUCAUCUUUGAAGUUCAGGAUUUAACAUAGGCAUCUCCUGCAACUGUUAGUAGAUGUGGUAUGGUAUAUUUACAGCCUGAUUAACUGGGAUGGUUUAAUGUAUUUUUGAAAUAAUUACAAGAAGUUCAAAAUGUGGAUUAAGGCAUUCUCAUGAGAAUUUCAGAUCUCUUUGAAACCAUUAUGGAAAAAGCUCAAAAAUUCAUUAAAUAAAAAUGUCAUGAAUAUGAAUCUGUACCAGAAAACUCAUUUUGCAUUCAUACCUUAUCAAUGUUGAUUCAAUUGAUCUAAACACAUCCUGAAGCUAUAAAGAAACAAGCAGAUCCUAGCAUUCUGAUUGAUGCAUUCUUCGUGUAUUCUGUUGUAUGGACAGUCGGCAGUUCUGUGGAUGAAAUAGGUAGAAAACAUUUUGAUUAAUAUCUCAAAAAACUAAUUAAGGAACCUCUCAGAAAUGAGAAUAAAAAAGAUGUUGUCAUCAAAAUAGACAAGUAAUCCCAGAUUCCAGAAUUAUCAAAUACCAACAUCUAUGAUUUCUUCUAUGAUUCUGAGUUACUCAAAUGGAGAAUGUGGAAAGAAUUGCUUCAAGAUUCAAAAAUACCAGAAAAUAUAACCUACCAGGAGAUACUGGUUGAGACCUCUGAAUCCUUAAGAAUCACAGCACUAAUUGACAAAUGCAUAAAUCGUCACUCCCCCUUGUUGAUAAUUGGUCCAAGUGGAGUUGGUAAGACUUGUUAUAUCCGAAAACACAUAUCAUAAUUGUAAAACUACUUAAAUAUAUUUGUCAAUUUCUCAGCCACUACAAGUGCUAACAAAACACAAAUGAUUAUUGAUUCUAAGGUCGAAAGGAAAAGAAAAGGUUUUUAUGGGCCACCAUUGGGAUUCAUCGGACUCAUUUACAUCGAUGAUUUAAAUAUGCCUGCCCCCGAUAAAUACGGUACUCAAGCUCCUUUGGAGUUGAUAAGACAAUUUUUAGGCACCAAAGGGUGGUAUGGACAUGACAGAUAAUUCAUGAACAUCUUGGAUUGCAACGUUAUUGCAUCAAUGGGAUUGCCAGGAGGUGGAAGAAGCUUUGUGACAUAGAGAUUGUUGAGAUUCUUUUAAAUUGUAUCCAUUGUCACUCCUGACACCAACAACAUUGUACACAUCUUCAAUUCCAUUAUCUCUUGGCAUUUGAAUAAUAUUAAAAUAGAAAACACAGAUAAUGACAUUAGGAAGAGUUUCCAAUAUGCUAUUGAAGCUACAAUUGAUUUAUAUACAUAGAUUCGAGACUAAUUAAAGGCAACUCCACGAAAGUCAUGGUAUAUCCUUAAUAUGAGAGACAUCAGUCGAGUAGUACAAGGGAUGACUUUGGUGAUAAAUUCAAAGGAAUUAUCACUUGAUCAUAAGAAAGUUUAGAGAUUAUGGCUUCAUGAAACCACAAGAACCUUUUUUGAUAGAUUGGAAUAGGUUGAUCAUGAACAAUAUUCAUUAAUGUUGGCAAACUCAAUUAAACUAAAAUUAAGAGAUGAUCUAAAACACAUGAUUAAACCAUACGAUGAUGUUGCAACUACUAAAUACAAUAUAAAGAGUUAUGUUUGGUCAGACAUUCUUUCAGAAGAACCAAAUGUUUCAGAAAGAAAAUACACAGAGGUAAUGUCAUCAACUAGAGUGUAUUCAAAGUUGCAAUUCUAUUUGGAAGAUCUUAAUUCCAAUACAAAAAAGCCAUUGAAUUUGGCCUUGUUUGAUUAUUGUGUUGACCAUCUCUUAAGAAUCCAAAGAGUCUUAAAUAUGACUUAAGGUCACAUGUUAUUGAUUGGAUUAGGAGGAUCUGGUAGGUAGAGUCUAACUAGAUUGGCAUGCUUUAUUAGAGAAUAAGAAUUCUUACAAAUUGAAGUAGGCAAAGGAUAUACUUAUGAACAAUGGAAAGAAACAAUGUAGAAAUUAAUGAUAAAUGCUGGAGCAGACAAUAAGGAGAUAACUCUUUGUAUUUCAGAUUCAUAAAUCAAGAAACCCUUUAUUUUAGAGGAUGUUAAUAAUCUACUUAAUACAGGUGACAUUCCAAAUCUCUUUGGAUAGGAAGAUUUCAUUCCAUAAAUAGAUAAACUUAGAUUGAAAGCAAAGAAGGAAGGCAAAUAGUAAUUGUUUGAUAAUGGGAAUAAUGCUCAAUUCUAUGAUUAUUUUAUUGAAUGUGUCAAGAAGAAACUUCAUGUUGUUUUGGUUAUGAGUCCCAUUGGGGAUACUUUAAGAUCGAGAAUACGCAUGUUUCCGAGCAUUGUAAAUUGUGCAACAAUUGAUUGUUUCCAUUAAUGGCCUGAAGAUGCUUUAGAAGCUGUAGCUAGAAAGUUCUUAGAGGAUAUACAGAUCAAGGAUAGUCAAUAAAGAUUAUUGGUUGCCUAGUGCAAAUAUAUGCAUUCAUCAUUACAGACUAUUAGUGAGUAAUUCAAAUCUCAAGAAGGAAGACACAAUUAUGUUACUCCUAGUAGUUAUUUUGAGUUAUUGAAGACAUUUUAAGCUGUUUUGCAUGUAGAGAAAACUAAGUUGGAAGAUACUAGAAAUAUGUAUAAGAAUGGAGUCACCAAACUUGAUCAAACUUCAGAGGAAGUUAAGAGAAUGGAAGCUGAAUUAAUCGAAAAAUAGCCUAAAUUAGUUGAAAUGAAUAUUGAAGCCAGUAAAUUGGCAGUCAUUAUCAAAUAAUAGGCAGAUGCUAUGGAACCUAAGAGAUUGUAAGUACAAGAAGAGGAGGCUCGAGUUUCAGAAUGUGUUAAAGAGGCUGAAAUAAUCAAUUAAGAAUGCGAGAAAGAAUUAUCUGUAGCAAAGCCUAAAUUAAAAUAAGCAGAAGAAGCUUUAAAUACCCUAUCUCCUGCUGAUAUUAAUUCAAUUAAGGCUAUGUUGAAACCACCAAUCACUGUUAAGUUAGUUAUGGAAUCUGUUUGCGUCUUGUGUGGAGUCCCUCCUAUAAGUAUGCCUAAACCUGAGAAUCCAAAAGAAAGGUUUAUGGAUUAUUGGGAGGCGAGUAAGAAGUUUUUAGCAGACAAAGAUUUCUUAUAGAAACUGAUUGGCUAUGAUAAAAAUAAUAUUAAACCUGAAAUUAUGUAGAAAGUCAGAAAUAAUUAUGUCUCCAAGAAGGACGAAUUCAAUCCAAAAAGAGUUGAAAAGGCGAGUUCUGCUGCUAAAGGAUUAUGCGAAUGGGUUCUAGCUUUAGAUGAGUAUGAAAAGGUACUCACUAUUGUUAGACCUAAACAAGAAAAGUAUCUUCAAUCACAAUAGGAAGUAGCAAGAUUGUCAGAGUCAUUGAAAAUUCUAUAAUAGGAUUUAUCUGUUUUAACAGCAGAGAUUAAUAAGUUAGAAUUGGCUUAUUAGGAAACUAUGAAUAAUCAAUAACAAUUAGAUAGAGAUAUUAAGGAGUGUGAAGUCAAGUUGCAGAGAGCUACAAAGUUGAUGGAAGGAUUGGGAGGAGAAAGAGAGAGAUGGAGUAAGUCAUCUGCCAUUUAUGAAUAGAGAUUAAAAUAAGUAUUGGGAGAUAUCAUACUAUCAUCAGGAACUAUUGCAUAUUUAGGGGUCUUUAGUAAUAGUUUCAGAUAGAAAACCAUCAAAAUGUGGAUGGAUAACUUGAAGGGUAAUAUGUAAUUCUCUGAAAACUUUUCAUUACAGAACAUUCUUGGAUAACCAAUUUUGAUUAGACAAUGGAGAAUGAAUGGAUUACCUAGUGAUUAGUUCAGCAUUGAAAAUGGAAUUAUAAUGAAUAGAUGCCAAAGAUUCCCUCUUUUAAUAGACCCACAAGGACAGGGCAAUAGAUUUAUUAGACUAAAUGAAAAAGAUAUAAAAUUAGUUAAAUUCACAGACAGUGAUUUCUUGAGAACAUUAGAAAAUACAUUGCAAUUUGGAUAACCAUUACUCAUUGAAAAUGUAUAUGAGGAUAUUGAUUCAACUAUUGAUUCUGUCUUACUCAAGUAAAUAUUCAAAAGUGCUGGAGUUAUGUCAGUCAGAAUUGGAGAUAACAUUAUACCCUAUAAUAAAUUGUUCAAUCUGUUCAUGACUACUAAAUUAAGCAAUCCUCACUACACUCCAGAAAUAAGCACUAAAGUGACAAUUAUUAAUUUCACCAUUACUCAAAGUGGAUUAGAGGAUCAAUUACUAGAAAUAUGUGUUAGCAAAGAGUAACCAAAUUUAGAAGAAGAGAAGAAUAGGUAGAUUUUAUAGUAACACAAAAACAAACAGGAGUUGUAAAAAAUAGAGGAUCAAAUUCUGAGAGUUUUAAAUAAGGCUGAAAAUAUUUUGAAUGAUGAGGAAGCUAUUUAAAUUUUAUAGACUUCCAAAGAAAAAUCAAAAGAUAUUGAAGAGAAAUAGGAGACAUCAGAAUAUACAGAGAGAAAGAUAGAUGAAGCCAGAGUAUAAUACAAACCAAUUGCUAUUCAUGGAGCUUUGCUCUUCUUUGCAGUUAUAUCCCUGGCCUAAUUAGAUUCUAUGUAUUAAUACUCCUUAUCUUGGUUAUUAAAUUUGUAUUAGGAAGCAUUCAUUAAAAGUGAACCAAGUUAACGUAUUCAAUAAAGAAUAAAUAACAUUAAUAAUAUGACACUCCAUUUAUUGUAUAAUUAAGUUUGCCGGGGAUUAUUUGAAAAAGAUAAAUUGCUUUACAGUUUCAUUAUUUUGAUCAAAAUUCUUGAAUAAAAGAAAUAAAUAGAUUUUGAAGAAUUUUCCUUCAUUAUCAGAUAAAUAACUAUUCCCACUGAAGUACCUGAAAAUCCUUACAAAGAAUGGUUACCAAACCAAGCCUGGGCAAGAAUAUAAGUGCUAAUCAAAGUGAACAAGAAAUUAUCAUAAAUUGUGGAUAGUAUGCAUAAUUUCCCUGAAGUCUGGAUGGAAUUACUCAACUCUCCUGAAGGUCAUUAAGUUAGAUUGCCAGAACCUUUUGUUGUCAUCACACCCAUCUAGAGGAUGUGUAUUAUUAAAGCGUUAGGACCUGGUAAACUACCUAAAGUGAUACAAGACUUUGUUGCUUCUGAAUUAGGAGAUAAAUACACUUAACCCCCACCAUUUUCACUCAAUUAAUCAUUUUAGGGUAGCAAUCCAAAAUCGCCAUUAUUAUUUGUAUUGCCUGGUACUGAUCCAAUGAAUGCUUUACUUAGUUUUGCUAAAUAGAAGGAUAUCUAAUUAAGAUCUGUUUCAUUGGGUUAAGGAUAAGGAGUGAUUGCAGAAAAGGAAAUUGAAGAUGCAAAGUAAUCAGGAACUUGGGUGAUAUUAUAAAAUUGUCAUUUAUAUCCAUCAUGGAUGCCAAAAUUAGAAAAGAUUAUAGAGGAUAUACAAACAUAGAAAAUGCACAAUCAUUUCAGACUCUGGUUAAACUAGUAUCCCAGUGAGGAUUUGCCUGCAUCUAUUGUUUAGAGUAGUGUGAAGAUGACAAAUGAACCUCCAACUGGAAUCAAAUCGAAUCUAUAGGUCAGUUAUUCUAGUGCUCUUUAUUAACAAUUAGAUUAUUCAAAUAAGAAACUAUCAAAACUAUUUUAUGCAUUAUCAUUUUUCCAUGCUAUAUUAUAAGAGCGUAGAAAUUACGGACCUAUAGGAUUUAAUAUCUAUUAUGAUUUUAAUCAAUCCGAUCUAUUUAUAUCAAUUAGACAACUUUAAUAAAUGGCUGCCAACGUCUCUAUACCAUUCCAUGCAUUACAUUAUCUAAUUGGGGAAUGCAACUAUGGAGGCAGAGUGACUGAUGAGAGAGACAGGAGAGUGGUGAGAGCUCUUUUAGAUGAGUAUCUAACUGAUAAAGUCACAUAAGACACCUUCUAAAUUCAAGAUUUUCCAAUCAUUGAAGGAUUAUCAUAUGAAGAAUAUAUUAAUCAAUUGAACAAUCUGCCACUAGUUCAACCUACUCAUCUUUUUGGAUUCCAUCCCAAUGCUGAAAUCAUGAAGGAUUAACAAUAUACUGAUGAGAUCCUUAGGAAAUUGUAACAAACUCUCGGAUCCUCAUAUAGUGAAGGUUAAUAAAAUGAUGAAUCCAAAAAGGCAGAUAAUGUCCUUAAAUAAUUAUGUGAAGAGUACCUUGCAAAUUUCCCUAGAAAAUUUGAUAUGGAAAUUGCAAAUGCUAAAUACCCUCAUGAUUAUAAGAACUCUUUUAAUACUGUUUUCUAAUAGGAAAUAUCCAGAUUCAAUAAAUUGAUCUCAAUCAUUUAGUAAUCAUUUAUUGACACUUUGAAUGCCAUAAAGGGUUUAACCGCCAUGUCUGAUUAAUUGGAAAAAAUUACUCAAUCAUUUCUAAUUGGAGCGGUGCCAGAUUAAUGGAAAAAACAUAGCUAUCCUUCAUUGAAACCAUUAGCUUCGUAUCUAUAGGAUUUCCUAAGAAGAAUCAGAUACUUCCAAAAUUGGCUAGAUAAAUAGAUCCCUUAUGUCCAUUGGAUCUCUGGCUUCUUCUUUACUCAAUCCUUCUUGACUGCUGUCCUACAAAACCAUGCGAGAAAAUACUCAAUAGCAAUAGACAAAUUAGACUUUGAUUUCCAAUUUCUUGAAGAGCCACAACUCAAUUUUGAAAUUAAUUAAUUACCUCGAUAAGUUAACGAUGGCACUCUUAUCUUUGGACUCUUCAUUGAAGGAUGCAGAUGGGAUUAUGGUCGAGAAAUGAUUGUGGAAUCUAAUCCUAAAGUACUGACAACUCUGGCACCUAUCAUUUGGCUGAAACCUAUAUAAGGGGAAGUAGACACAAGAAACUAAUAUGUUUGCCCAGUCUACAAAACUGCUGAAAGAAGAGGUGUUCUCUCCACCACUGGUCAUUCUACUAAUUUCAUUAUGAAUGUCAAUCUGCCAACUGAAUAAUCAUAACAUCAUUGGGUGAAGAGAGGCGUGGCUAUGCUUUGUUAAUUAACUGACUGACUGAAUACACUGAAUUAAUUCGAUAUAUAUUAAUAACAUUU